AUGGCCGAAAGCAACGUCAGACUACCGUCAAUAUCGAUACGCAAAGGCAUAGCGUGGGGCUUUUCGCCGCCAUACGAGGAUACCAGUACCUUGGUCUUGACCUCGCCUGAAGGCCGAUUUGUCGACAUUCGCUUUCCGCUAGAUUACAGCACCCUGCCUGGACGUAAAGGCUUCGACCACCAUCCAUCGUACUGGUCCUUUUCGGGACGGUCCAUCACCAGAACCCCGCAGCAGGGCAGCUUCCCGGCGUGGCCAUACGCGACGCACUCCGUCUGGCAGCAUGAAAUCGAUUCGCGUGGGCCGGGCAUCGUGGACGAGGGCGAUAUGUUUGACCUGCCCAACGGUGAUAGCAUGGAGGUGGGUGUGAUGAGACACCCAGUAUCCGGGGAGCAGAGCAUGUAUAAGGAGUACUGGACCUCUCCGAAGCUGGCACCGGAAUAUGGUCUCGGAUUGUUUCCCUGCUACGUGGCCGAGACCGUUGCGGUACAAGGAGAUACAGGCUUACCCAAGGGAAGAAUUAUUCGUGUGGGACCACACUGUCAGAGCAUAAGGGCCACGGAGCCUGUUGAUGUGGAGCGCUGGACCUACACAUAUCGCGAUGAGAUGCAUCAAUGGUGGGAUCAAGCGCGAUAUGGGGAUCUUUGGCCAACGGGUGUGAGUCUUAAGGAGGAAUCUGUGUCGCCGCUUGCUUGGUGGCUAUGUAAGAAAACGAUACAGGCGGGCGAUGAGAUGGACACUGGGGAUAACGUUUGGAGAGUCAUCGAAGCAUGGCAAGGUCCAUGA